UUUUGCCUUGCUCAACAAUACAAAUGUCCUCCGGGGACAAGCCUUCUUUAUCUGCGCCACGGAUUGAGCGUGUUGGAUCACAGCGUGUUGCGCGUGGUGGGGAACAGCGGCUCCGUGUCCAACGCCAUAUAUUCACUAAGCUUUUUUACCGUCCGCCAUUCAAGCUGGCUGGAUUGGCGUGACAACGACGUGGGUGUGGGUGCGAUGUUUCAUUACUCCCUAAUAACUACUGUGAACAUCGACGGCAGCAGUGUGGUGACGCUGACGGGCUGCACGAUGGGCUCGACGGGGUUGUCGGGACCUCUGCUAUCGCAGGCUGACGCCAGCUACCGGUUCGUUGCUGGGUGCCUGACGGUCGCGGGACGAUUGGUGACGACGGCGGUAGAACUGGAGCUGAACGGCAUCACCAACGUGACGACGGUUGCGGUGUGCGGGGAGUGUACGAAGGAGGGCGACUGCUUUGCUCCGCUGACGACGGCGAUCAGCGACUGCAAUUGCCAGUGCGCUGCUGGAGGGCACGGCGAUGUGUGCGUCCCGGCGCCUGUGCCUGCUGGCCCGCCACCGCCCACGCCGCCAGUGCCGCCACCACCGCCGCCGUCACCGCCGCCGGUUGGUGAGUGCAUCAGCGACAUGAUGUAUCCCGAGGUUGCGCAGGCAGUGGGCGGCGGGCUGUCGUGGCUGUGCUACCGCAACGUGAAGUUCAGCGGGGGCGGCAUGAGCCUGACGGUGCUGAUAGGGGCGAUGACGGGCGACGUGGUGAAUGUCACGUUUGAUGGAUGCACGUGGAGGGACGGCGCCGUGCUGUUGCUGUUGGGCAACGUGCACGCCGCUGUGGAGUCGCUGAACAUCUUCGUCACCGGCAACACAUUUAGUGACGCGCUGCUCAGCCCGGAGGGUGUGUUUCCACCGCACACGAGCAUCACGAUCAGCGGGAACCGCUUUGCGGUCACGAGGCUGAUCCCUCGGUCGGGUUUGGAAAUUAUGAGGCUGUCGUGUGUUGUGAUGAAUGAGCUGGCGAUCAGCAACGACUCCGCGGUGGUGCUGAGUGGCAAUGUGUUUCAGAGCGUGGCGGCAUCGUCAAGCGUCAUCCACGUUUUCAGAUCUGCGCUGAGCGUGUCUUGGCACUCCGUGUUUGCGGUGAUGGGCAACACGUUUCACAUGGCUGGCGGUGACAGUACGCUGAUAUAUCUUGAAGGGUCUAGAUACUCCUCAUCGCUGAGUGUACUGAACAACUCUGCCGUGGUGAUCCGAGGCAACGCUGUGACGAGGCCGGUGAAGUGCUUCGUGUUACUUAUUCGGAACUUAGACGUGGAGUCCCAUUCAGCGGUCGUGUUUCAUGGCAACGAGAUGCAGCGAAGCUCGGUUGUGUUUAUCUCAGGCGACUCCUCCAACAUCUACUACAACUCCUGGCUGCAGUUGAGCGGCAACCUCUGCCGUGAAUCCCCAUCGGAUGCGUUUGCUUUUCUUUAUCCCAAAGUGAAUCUCCGCGACUCCACGGUGUCUGUGUCCCGCAACCAAUUCAUGUCCAGCACGGUCUCGCCAACGAUGCUGCUGAUACCUCAAAGUUCCCGCGAUCUCACAAACGGAGCGAUUGUGGCCGCGUGCAACACUGUGAACGGCGAGGAGGAGGCGUACUACAGCAUCCCGUCCGUGUACAAUGCCACCAUCCUGACCUGCAGCGACCCAUGCGCCCUUGCGACAUCGUGCUUCCCUGCGUACACGACGACGGCCUCGAGUGAUGGCUGCG